AAAAUGAAAACAUAGCCGAAUCCUUACACUCACCACUUCAAAGAUUUCCCGCCAGGACUAACCGUCUUCCUUCCCUACGUACUCCCCACAUAAACUGAACCAACUGAAGCUUUUGGACCUUUAUUCUUCACCUCUCCCUCUCUCUCUCUCUCUCGCCUCAAAAAACUACUUUUUUUUUUUUGCAAGACCCAUUUUUUUUUUUUUUGUUUCACUUUGUUGCAGAGAACAUCAAUGGCGGACGCUUCAAAUUUCCAAACCCAGAUCGAAAUCAAAGACCCAACACCCUCAACUCCACCACCACCACCACCACCACCAUUCGCCACCGAAUUUCCUCCUGAAAACGUCCCAAAAACGAAGGUUCCUUUCUUCAAAUCGCGCUACAGGAGACGCCGAGGUGAUACCUGGCUCAUCUCCGUCUUCGUCAUCCUCCAUAUCAUCGCCUUCGUUUCCACUAUGGUAGUCAACGACUGCUCGCGGAGAUCUUACGGUGACUGUGCGUUGAAAGCCCUUGGAAGGUUUUCUUUUCAACCCUUAUCGGAAAACCCUCUCCUCGGUCCUGCUGCGUCAACCCUAGACAAUAUGGGAGCUCUUCGGCGGAAAGAACAUCUUCAAACUUGGCGUCUUUUCACAUUUUCAUGUCUGCAUGCUGGAGUAAUCCACCUUGUUAUCAACCUCUUCAGUGUUGUUUUUAUAGGGAUUCACAUGGAGCAAGAGUUCGGUCCAUUAAGGGUUGGGAUAAUCUAUGUGCUUUCUGCUUUUGCUGGUACACUGGUGGCCGCACUUUUUGUUGAAAAAACUCCAGAAGUCGGUUCUUCUGGAGCUUUAUAUGGAUUGCUUGGAGCUAUGCUUUCUGGGCUGAUUCGAUACUGGAGAAUGUACACCAAUAAGUUUGCAGCUCUGGCAACACUUUUCUUUGUUUGCAUUAUCAAUUUUUCACUUGGUUUACUUCCAUAUAUCGACAAUUUUUCAAGCGUGGGAGGUUUUUUAUCCGGAUUCCUUCUUGGGUUUGUACUAUUGUUCAGCCCUCAGAUCAAUCAAGUUUCUCAAACCAAAGGCGGUCUCUUUGAAUACAGUAUCAAAACCUCUAUCAAAUUAAAGCUAAAAGAGAAACUAGACAGGCCAUCUCUUAGGAUUGUCUCCCUUCUUCUCUUCAGCCUUUUAGUUGCUGGAUGUCUAGUAGCAGUUAUACGUGACAUUAACAUGAACCAGUACUGCCAAUGGUGUCGAUAUGUUGACUGUGUUCCUCUGGAAGAGUGGAGCUGCAGAGAUAAAGUAACUUCUUGUGAGACCAUGGUUAGCAAUGAACAGUUGACUUUGACUUGCUUGGGCAACGGGCACUACAGGGUUUUUCCUUUCACCAACAUGUCAGAAUCGAGGAUCAAUGACUUGUGCAGUGUGAUAUGCUGAUGAAUUUUUCUUUUUUUCUUUUUUUUUUAAAAAAAGCUAGCUUUUAACUCUGUUUUGUCUGUCAAUUCUUUGAUGACCUGGAAGAUGCUGUAACAUAACGCUAGCUUUUUAUCAAUAGCCCCAUUGAUGGCUUAUUCAGUUGCAAGCUAUAUAUGUUUUUGACAUUC